AUGGAAAGUUGCAGGAGAGGUGAAAGCAAACAUAUGCACUUCCUAAAUAAUGUCAAUUCUAAAAAAAAAUUAAAUAUUGUAGAAAAAAAAGGCAUACUAGAAAAGGUGCACAUACUGCCAAUAAAAAGAAAAUGCGAAAAUACAAAUGCUCUUUACAGGAAACUACAGUUGUUGAUAAAUGACCAAUGCGUCCUGAAUGAGGGGUUCAUAAUUGCCGUAAAUGAAGAAAAGGAAAGGGUACCCGAGGGAAAAAACACACGGCAAAAUCUAAAGGAGGGACUAACAAAUGACAUGGAGGGCACAAAUAAAAAUGAAAACAACACAAUAAGCACAAAUUCUCUCGAAAAAAUAAGCAGCUCUAAAGAGGAAUCUUGCAAAAAUGCAGACUCAUGGGAAGUUCCGCAUAGGAAGGAAUCGAACAAUCACACACCAAAGAAAAGUUCAAAUGAAAAAAACAGUAUGAACAAACCAAAUAAUGACAACAUUUGCUUAAAUGAAAAAUGCAGCAAAGAAAAGUUAACAGACGAAACUUACCAUUUUGAAGAAAGCACAGACUACUAUGUUGUUGUAAAUUGCAUACCCUCCAAGGGAAUCCUCACUCGGGACACCCUAAUUUACACGGAUGGAAAAUACGUGGACAAUUUAAAAAAAAUUCAUCUCAUAAUAAUACGAGAUAAAUACUACAAAAAAUAUGAAAGAAAAUUGAAAAAAAAAUUUUUUUCUUUAAAAAAAUAUAUACUUAAAAAAGGCAAUCAAUUUUUUAAUGAAGCUAUGUCCUUGAUUCCGUUUUCCUUUGACAACUUUUCGAGUAAGUGCAAUACAGAAAAGAGAAAAUGUAGUAGUAGUAGUAGUACCUUCGAAGGAAAGAACGUAGACACUGUCACGACCCACCGUACCACCACCAAGAGAAGAAGUCUCGUCCUGGAAAAAAUCCUUCUUACCUGUCUGCACCCCUAUUUCAAGAAAAACAGAACUAAGCUAUUCUACUCAGGCAAAUUACUCAUUAUAAAUAAUUUUUCAUUUCUCGUUGUGAAGAUAGAUGCUGACGUGAAUGUGGGCUUCGUGGAUAACUCUACGGAGAUUUGCUUGAACGCAGAUACGUAUGACCCGUUUAGGAACGUGCACAUUGUACCCCUGUAUGACACACUACCGACUACCUAUAAUUAUGACAUCUUUGCAGACUACAUCAAACCAUACAUAGAGAGGCAUUACUUAAGUUUGUUUUCCAUGCACGACACCUUUUUUUACAAAGGAGUGCAAUUUAAAAUUAUGGGCAUCGACCCAAUGAACAUCAAAUAUGGAAGAGGAAGAAUUACCUGCAACACAUUUAUAUACACCGAUGGGGCAAUCAAGCCAACUUUCUUCGACGUUAUUUCGAAUGAGUCCAUAAAUUAUAUCCAAUGCUUACCCGUAGAAUACAAACCAUAUGCUGUUUUGAACAUACUGCAACAGUUAGAUGCAGAUUCUUUGUUACGACUCUUCCCAUCAACGAACGCCAACCUGCAGGAAAGUGCCCUCAAUGAACAGCGCAUUCUAAACCAUUUGGAUAAGUAUAAGUACGUAUAUAGGAAUCAUACACGGGAGGAUAAUCAGAGUGGGAAGAUGCUCCUAGACGUAGAUGUGGAGGAACAGACAGAUGCAAAAAAUAAAAGUAGCAAAUUUGCAUAUGAACAGUGUGCAGUUUGCUUCGAAUCUUUUCAGAACUACGACAAGUGUAUCAAGUUGGCUUGUCUUCACACCUAUCAUUGGAAAUGCGUCAAAAAUUGGUUUCGGUUUAACCUCACUUGUCCCUGUUGCCGGCGCGAAUUGAUCAUUUAG